ACAACCGUGAGUGUCUAACUCACCGUUCUUGAAAAACUUAAAAUAAAAAUAAUAUAAAAAAUAUAAAAUCCACAAAAUCUUCAUAAAAACAAGAAUAUUUACUUUAAAAAAAAAUACAAACUUUUAAUACAUUAAAAAAAAAAAACUGCAAAAAUAUUAAUACAAAAAAAAAACUAAAACAGGUCUCGGAGGUGUCUACCAAAGGAAGAAAUACUUCAGCAGAGAUCAUUUAUAUCGUAAUUUUUUUUUUAGGUUUGACCUUUUUUCUUUUUUAAUUUUUCUCUCGCUGGACCAAAGAGCCAGUUGUCUUUAUAAUAUUUGGGCGAAUUGACGCGCAGUUCGGACUCGGGGAAUACAGCUCAUACCGGCGUUUUGGAGCCUGGUAUUCAUUCACAUUGAGAUCUCCGAGAUAUGAACACAGCGACCGGGAGUUAUCCGAUGGCUUCCCUCUACGUUGGCGACCUGCACCCCGAUAUCACGGAGGCUAUGCUGUAUGAGAAAUUCAGCCCAGCCGGACCGGUGCUCUCCAUUCGGGUGUGCCGCGACAUGAUCACCCGGCGGUCUCUCGGAUACGCCUAUGUGAACUUUUCUCAACCCGCUGACGCUGAGAGAGCCCUGGACACCAUGAACUUUGACGUGGUGAAAGGGAAGCCCAUCAGAAUCAUGUGGUCCCAAAGAGACCCCUCCCUCAGGAAAUCUGGAGUGGGCAACGUGUUCAUCAAGAACCUGGACAAGUCCAUUGACAACAAAGCCUUGUACGACACCUUCUCUGCCUUUGGCAACAUCCUCUCCUGCAAGGUGGUGUGUGAUGAAAAUGGCUCCAAGGGCUACGCCUUUGUCCACUUUGAGACCCAGGAUGCCGCUGAUCGUGCCAUUGAGAAGAUGAACGGCAUGCUUCUGAAUGAUCGCAAGGUGUUUGUGGGCCGCUUCAAAUCUCGCAAGGAACGGGAGGCUGAACUUGGUGCCAAAGCCAAGGAGUUCACCAAUGUCUACAUUAAGAACUUUGGAGAUGAGAUGACUGAUGACCAGCUGAAGGUGGUCUUUGACAAAUAUGGUAAAACGCUCAGCGUGAAGGUGAUGAUAGACCCCACCGGCAAAUCCAGAGGCUUUGGCUUCAUUAGUUACGAGAAACAUGAGGACGCUAACAAGGCUGUAGAGGACAUGAAUGGCACCGACCUCAACGGCAAAACUGUGUUUGUGGGCCGGGCUCAGAAGAAGAUGGAGCGGCAGGCGGAGCUGAAGAGGAAGUUUGAGGUGCUGAAACAAGAGAGGAUCAGCCGUUAUCAGGGUGUUAAUCUUUACAUUAAGAACCUGGAUGACACCAUAGAUGAUGAGAAACUGCGCAAGGAGUUCUCUCCGUUCGGGUCUAUAACAAGUGCUAAGGUGAUGCUAGAUGAGGGUCGCUCCAAGGGCUUCGGCUUUGUCUGCUUCUCCUCCCCCGAAGAGGCCACCAAGGCCGUGACUGAGAUGAACGGACGCAUCGUGGGCUCCAAACCCCUCUACGUGGCUCUCGCUCAGCGCAAAGAGGAGCGCAAAGCCCACCUGACCAACCAGUACAUGCAGCGUAUUGCCGGCAUGAGGGCCGUGCCGGCUAACGCCAUCAUCAACCAGUUCCAGCCCGCCAGUGGCUACUUCAUGCCAGCAGUGCCUCAGGCCCAGAAUAGGACUACAUACUAUGCACCCAAUCAGCUGGCUCAAAUGCGACCCAACCCCAGAUGGCAGCAGCAAGGGGGCAGAGGUCAAGGUGGUUACCAAGGGAUACCCAGCUCACUACGUCAGCCAGGACCCCGUGCCAACCUGAGACACAUGAGUCCUGGUGGCGGCACACAGGGCCCACGAGCCUCCGGCCAGGCCAUGGCUCCUCGUCCAUCAAUGGGAGCCCCCGGCCCCCGGGCCACUCCUUACAAAUAUGCCACUGGUGUCCGUAACCCCAACCCCCAGGUGAUGCAACCUAUUGCCUACAGCAAGGCUCAGCCAGCUGUGCACAGUCAGGGCCAGGAGCCUCUCACGGCCUCCAUGCUGGCUGCUGCGCCCCCUCAGGAGCAGAAACAGAUGCUUGGUGAGCGCCUUUUCCCCCUGAUUCAGUCCAUGCAUGCCAACCUGGCAGGAAAGAUCACCGGCAUGUUGCUGGAGAUCGACAACUCUGAACUGCUGCAUAUGCUCGAGUCCCAUGAGUCUCUGCGCUCAAAGGUGGAAGAAGCCGUCGCUGUGCUACAAGCCCACCAGGCAAAGAAAGAUGCGACUCAAAAAGUGGGCAGCAUAGCUACUACUGUUUCUGCUGCCACAGCCUGAAGACUGCCUGCUGUAUUGAAUUGAGAGAUGCAGAGAGACACACACUACACUGACUCCAAACACCCGACUCCUCUUAAGAAUCAGCAAUAAGGAAGAAAAAAAAAAGAGGAAAAUAUAAUGAAAAAAUAAUACUUGAAUAUUUUGAAAUAUAUUACAGUUCAUCAUUUUUCUAGUUCUGUAAAACUUACUAAAAGCAAUUAUGCAAAUGAAUCUUGAAAGAAGGUCUUUCAAAGUGUGGCAAAGGUGAGAAACUGUUCCUUUUCUUUGCUUUACAUUUUAAUGUUUGAUUUGAAAUGAUGGACUCUUCCCUCCUAUCAUGUUAUCAUGGGUGUGUGGUAUUCUCAAUAAAAAGAUGAUAUAUCAAGGUU